UUGCUGACAAGAGAACCUAAAAUCAAAAAACUUUGAACAAAAUUCAGCACAAUUUCGUUUGAACCACUUGAAUUGUAUAUAUUUUUAAAAGAAUAAUUUUUAUAAUGAACACCGAAGAGGUGGUUGAAUUUUCCUUGAUUAGCUCUUAUAGCUUGCCGCCUGAUAUAACCUUGCCCAAGGUGACAUACAUCACAAAUAUGCGAGAGUUCAUGUCCGAUCCGGAAAACUUCAAUGGCAAUAUAGAUGAUUUAACCAAUCGCUUGGAGGAGAAGUCGCAGCAAUGUAAGAAUAUUAUCAAGAUUUUAAAGGACACUGUGCAGUUGAAGAGGACUGCUUUGCAUAAGGUCAAGGAGGAUAUCCAGGAUUUAAGUGCUGAGAUCAAAAAGGAUGGAGCUGCUCAACGAUUUACGAUUGACAGAGAGAAAGUAACACUUCACUUUUUAGACGAGAAGGAGACCAACGAAUAUGAGGCAUCUGAGGCUUUGGAACAUUUGAGCAUCAAAAUGAACUCGCUUUUCAGCGAUAUUCUGGCCUUGGAGAGCGAUGUGGAUUAUGUAACCUAUUUGGAGGGGGUCUCCCAAAUCAAUAUUGACUACGCAAAGGAUUGGUACAAAACUGAGAUAAAAAACAAGAAUGAAGAGCCUAUUCCCGAAUCUGUUGGCGAUGACGCUCCACCAAAUAAGGAAUGAAUUAGUGACAUUUUAAAUAUUUUCAAGGAAAAAAUGUUACAAGUUUGGUAUACCAAUUUACAUUUAUUGUAAAGCUACAUAAAUAACCCAAUUAUCAAAACCGCAA